AUGAUCUUUGCGCCUUCCGGAACAGCUUCAACUCGUUUUCGCACAUCAACAUGGCCACGACCAACCGACCGAAGAAGCGCAAACAGACCCAAGUGGGGCUCGGCGCGAAUGAAAUCGCGUUCAUCGAAGACGAGAUUGCCGCUGUGGCCAUGGAGUACGGUCUGGAAAUGGACGACGACGUGGCCAAGAGCAUUCAGUCGAGGCAAAAGUCAUCCAAACACAAACGCAUAAGUGCAUCUGCAACGCCAUCCGCGUCGUCCUCCCUGGAUGCCAAUGCGCUGCAGUCGCUACUUCCCAAGCAAUGCAGCAUUGGGCCAUGCAAAUCGCCUGGCUGCAACUGCCGCGGCUACCUCGCCGACAAAAAGAGCGACGACGGCGACUGCUUCAAAUGCGAGCACGGCAAGUUUCUGCAUUCGAUUGUGUUUGCGAUUGAAUCCGAAGAAGAAUCCAAAGCUAUCCACGGCCAGGUACUUCUCGGGAUGAUGUACUCGUUGGUCGUGCUCGGUCGGUUGGCGUCCACCGUCGUGGGCUCCAACGCGUGGACCCAGGCGUCGCUCGAGUUGCUGCAGACGUCCGUCCAGCAGCACCUCAAGCGUCAAUUGCUUCGAGCCCAGCAGCAGCAGCAAGACACACCCGACGUGGAUCGACCCGCCAUGACUAAGCUCAGCUCGGACCUGCAGGCGCUCAUCGUGACCGCCACGCAGGCCGUGGCCACCUCUGGGCGCACGCAGAUGCGCAUCAAACUCGCGUGCUACUUCGACCAAAUGUACUUUGCCUUGUACCAAGCAGCAAUCACCGUGUUUGGCCGCAAUUGUGCGGCGGUGCCCCCCUUGCACGAGUACUUGGGCCAAAUCGACAAGCAUCGGCCCACAUCCCGCACCGACUACGAGAUGUUCGUCGCGACUCUCUUGGACGGCGGCGACGACGUGCCCGCGGACUUUCACACUGCCUACGAAGCCAAGCCCAAGCACGGCCUGGCGUUGCUGGACGUGUUGCUCUGUCGUCAACGCGAAGGAGUGCAACUGUUUUACGAGCCCAGCUUGGGCAUGAACGGCGAAAUGGACAAGGUGGUGGCGGAUUUGGGCCGCAAGGUCAAAGAAUCGGUCAAGAAACUCACCAAGAAACAGCGUAUGAACCUCAACAAGUCGCCGGCGGACCACCUGACGUCGGCAAGUGUCAAGUCGGCGGGGACGGCGCUCCCGGCGUACGCGGAGCUGCGACAGUGGCGCGACACGUGCCGGACGUGGUGCGAUAAGCUGUACAGCCGUGCCAUCCCGCACCCGGCGGCGUUCAAAGCCAUCAAGGCGCUGGGGCCGAUUGUCGAGAUGGGCGCGGGGUUGGGCUACUGGCAUUCGCUCAUGGACCAGCACAAGAUCGACGCGUUGGCGUUCGACCCCACGGCCACUGCCAAAUGGUCGCCCAAGACCGGCGAGGACGACGCAGCCGACGACCCCGACGGGAACGAAGAAGACGUGGCGGCCUCCACGGGACUGCCUCGAUGGAGCACGGUGUAUCAAGGGAACGCGGAUAUUCUAGACUCGGUGCCCGCGCUCAAGUCCCGAACGUUGUUCCUGUGUGCGCCGCCCAAGACGUCGUUUGCACGGGACUGCCUGCGCCACUACAAGGGACGCCACCUGAUCCACGUGGGCGAAUGGUAUGGGGACACGGGCGACCGUCAGUUUGAGUGCGACGUGAUGAAGGCGUUUGCGCUCACGUCGCGCGUGCCGCUUCCGAAUUGGGGCGACACGGCGUUUGAACUGACUGUGUGGGAGCGCAAGACCAAGGCGAACCAGCCGUCGCUGCCGGUCGUGGCGUGUGCCGUGUGCGAAAGUCGCCACCGGAGUCUGCUGCGGCGCUGCUCGCUGUGCAAGACGACGGUGUACUGCAGCGCCGACUGCAUGCGCCAGCACACGGCCGUGCACACCGCCGAGCACGCGCGCCGCCUCGUGUUCUUGAACCACGACGACCUCCUGGACUUUGACAAUCCGCAUCAUUUUCACCCGUUCGAGUGGGACAUGCACGCCAACGACGACUUCAAGGCGGCCGCGUCGUGGUCCACCACGGCCAAGGAGGACGCGACAUUUUCGUUCAAGUUUUAAAAAUGAGAUUGCGGAUUCCAGACCCCGUCGAAUCGAAUCUCGCCGCCAAAUCGAAUCGCGAAUCGACGCUAUUGGCUAAUAUCCAUUUUUGAGUGGAUUUGAUUGGCUCUUGCAGAAAGGACAAGUAUAUUCAACCAAUCAGAACUCCAGAGUGAUUCAAUAUUGAUUAGACAAACCACGCGAUUCA